GAGCUUAAGACUCGCAUGCUGGACAGCCUGCGUUCAGAGUUUGACGCUGUGAAGAGCCAACAGAAGCAGCAAUGGGAACAGCAGCAGGCUCAGCUGGAGAGGGGCCAUGCCCUUGAGCUCAGUGACCUAAAGAGCAAGCUGGAGAGAAUGAAGGCAGAGAAGGAUGAAGCUCAGCUCAUAGAGAAACAGUUGAGACACAAGCUGGAGCUGCAGUCAGAAGCACUGAGCAGCAAGACAGAGGAACUGCGUUUGUUGACUGAGCGUGCCCAUGAAACAAUGUCCUCAGAGAUCCUGGAGCUGCAGGUGCAGAGGAUGGAACUGGAAUCUUCAUUGACCACGUUGGAGCAGGAGCUGCAGGAGGCCCAUUUCAAAGAGGAGCAGCUACAGCUCCUAAACACCUCCCUUCAGCGACAGUUAGAGAGACUCACAGAGGAGAAGGAGGAGAGGGAGAAAGAGGCAGUCUCUUGUUACAACGCCUUAGAGAAAGCCCGAGAGGCAAACCAAGAGCUCCAGAUCCAGUUGGAACAGGUGCUGCAACAGGCUCAGGAUCCCAACAGCAAGGGGAACUCGUUGUUCUCUGAGGUGGAGGAUAAGAGAGCGGAGAUGGAAAGACAGCUGAUCAGUAUGAAGGUGCAGUACCAGUCCCUGCAGAAGCAACAUGCCUUUUCCAAACAACAGAUGCACCGCAUGAAGGUACAGAUCGCUACCCUCAUGCAGCUCCAAGGCUCAAGGGCAGACCCAGCCCAGCUGGAGCGUCUGCAGUUCAUGCUAUUGGAGAAAAAUAACGAGAUAGAAUCUCUCAUGAUGAAAGUGCGACAGCUGGAGAAGGCAGAGGUAUCUCUACGAACACAGUGUCCCACCGGCUCCUCACAGGAACCUCACGUAGAAGAUGAGACCUACUACACAGACCUGUUAAAAAUGCAGCUCUCAAACUCAAGGAAAGACACAGAACAGCUUAAGGACGAGUUGUCCAUGCAGAGGAUGAAGUCUCUGUCUGAGAGCCAGAGAGUUCUGGAGAUGGAAAGAAAACUUUUCGGAGCUGAACGCGCACUGAAACAGAGCCAAAGUGACAACAUCAAACUCCAGAUCAAACUGGAAGAGCUACGUCUGAAAUAUGAACCUAAUGAGGUGAACAAAGGCCGAGUCCAGAAGCGCAGACGAGAGAAACUUCCGGUAGACGCUCCCGAAGACGGCCCGGAGGUGAAAAAAGAGGCCCCAGCCCUUGAGGGAGAGCUUGUCAAAAAUGUGAUGGAGAAGGGAGAGGAAGAGCCCCUGGCUUGUGCUGUAGAGGAGCCAACCGUAGCUCCUCCUUCACUGCCAGAGCGAGCCCCGGCGCCCAGCCCCGCUGCGCCUCCGCCACCCCGAGACAGCAAGUGUGUCCGCAUCUCAGAAGAACCUCCCAUAACUAUUCCAGACAGUCCCAGGUCUUCGGCAGGAGAAGGCAAAAACACAGCAGAGGAGCAAUCACUGCCAAAGGAUGAAGAACAGGAGAACAGAAGAACAGAAAGGAACAAGAGAAACAAGUCCCAAGCACCUAUCCAUGUUGUCCCUGAGAAAACCAUGGAAAACCAGUGUGCUCAGCAGUAG